CACUGGGAGUCUAGUCACUGGACAGCACUUACUGGUUCUUUUGUGGUCUUGCCAUAUGGCUGUAGCAGCAACAGCAGCAGCAGCAGAAGCAGCCAAUGCCCGAGGGGCGACACGAUACAACGACAGGCAGCCAAAUAUUUGGCAACGAGUCUGUGCCAAGACAGGAAAGUGGCCCACGGAACGGGACGAGGAGAGAGGUCUUGAUUAUGAUGAUGAUGAUUAUGAUGAUAAUGAUAAUGAUGAUGAUGGUUACAUGAAACAUGAAGUGUGUCAGCCCCCCCAACGAUGAUACCUUUAAACCAACAGCCAUGAGUAAGAAUGGACACAGUAAUGCGGGCUUUGUCAGCGACCAUGCGGACACCGUGCAAAAGCCGAUGGGGAAGACCUACUCCCUGGAGCUGGCCGAGAAGGGUGGCAGCAACAACAGUAGCACCAGCAAGAACAAGGCCAUAGUGGCCAAGGAUCCCGACUACAAUCCCUACCAGCAUCGCGAUGUGGAGCAUCCCACAACCAAUUCGGAAACACUGUUUCAUCUGCUGAAGGGCUCUCUAGGAACGGGCAUUCUGGCCAUGCCGAAUGCCUUCCGCAAUUCUGGCUACAUUACAGGCUCCAUUGGCACCAUUGUGAUUGGGUUUAUAUGCACGUACUGCAUCCAUCAGCUGGUCAAAGCGGAGUUCGAGCUGUGCCGAAGGAAGAAGAUUCCUAGCAUGAACUAUCCGGCCGUGGCGGAGACUGCUUUGGGCGAGGGACCGGGUUUCUUUAGGGCCUGUGCCCCGUACAUUGGAACCGUAGUGAACACCUUCCUGCUGAUCUACCAGCUUGGCACCUGCUGUGUCUACGUGGUUUUUGUCGCCUCAAACAUCAAGGCCAUUGUGGACGCCGUGGGGGACACGAACAUCGAUGUGCGCCUCUGUAUGAUCAUCAUCUUGCUGCCGCUGAUCCUCAUCAAUUGGGUGCGCAACCUCAAGUAUUUGGCCCCAUUCUCCACGUUGGCCAAUGCCAUUACCAUGGUCUCCUUUGGCAUCAUCUGCUACUACAUCUUCCGUGAGCCCGUUUCCACCGAGGGCAAAGAUGCGUUCGGCAAGCCCGAGAACUUUCCGCUCUUCUUCGGCACCGUUCUGUUCGCCUUGGAGGCCAUCGGUGUUAUCCUACCGCUGGAGAAUGAGAUGAAGACACCGCAAAAGUUUGGUGGAAACUGUGGUGUCCUCAACGUCUCAAUGGUCCUCAUUGUGUUCCUCUACGUGGGCAUGGGUCUCUUUGGCUAUCUAAACUACGGCAACGCCGUUCUGGGUUCCAUUACGCUGAAUAUGCCGGAGCAUGAACUCCUGUCGCAGUGCGUGAAGGGUAUGCUGGCAUUUGCCAUCUACAUAACCCAUGGACUCGCCUGCUAUGUGGCCAUUGACAUCACCUGGAACGACUACGUGGGCAAGCGGUUGGGUCCCCAGCGCAACAAGCUCCUCUGGGAGUACGCAGUCCGUACGAUUCUUGUCCUGAUGACUUUCCUUCUGGCUGUGGCCAUACCCAAUCUGGAGCUGUUCAUCUCUCUUUUUGGUGCUUUGUGCCUGUCGGCUUUGGGUCUGGCCUUCCCGGCGCUCAUACAGAUCUGCACGCACUGGUACGAGACCAAGGGGCUCCGCAAAGCCUGGCUUUUGUUGAGUAACUUUGUGCUCAUCAUUGUGGGCAUCCUGGGGCUUGUCAUCGGCACUUACACCUCACUCAAGGAGAUCGUCCUGACCUUCUCAGAGUAGUGUCUCGUCGCGCAUUCAGUUCUAAUUCGCCAGCCGGCAUUCCAAUUCAAGCGAAAGUAUUAUGAGCAAACGGAAGAUAUCUAAAUCGGUAGACAUUCGCAUUCGCAGCACAAAUGACAAGAGGAUCGGCAGAUGCAGAUGCAGUUGCAGUUGCAGAUGAGAUCUGCUCUAUUUUGUACAAUGUGUAAACUUCUAAUCUGACCUUCUAUCUUUUAUAAGAUAGUAAUCGUAACAGUUUAUCAGAUUUGUGAUAUUUUUAAGAAUUGUGUAGUUUAUAGAAUUCUUUGAUAAGUAGUUUAGUGCCAAGUCACAUCUUUAUAAGCCUUAUUUAAAGUAUGAUAUGAUAUGAUAUAUGAUAUGAUAGCAAACAACAAUAUAAAUAAACAUAAACCUUUUUUGCCAUA